AUGGUUGGUGGUGCACCAGCUGCAUGCCCCGCCACCCAGUCUGGGAGCGGCAGGGAGGAGGACGGGUGGCGAGAGCAAAAGGCGAGCAGUGUCUCCUCUGAGUUGAGGCCGACCAGUCACCAGGGUGGCCUCCAGGGUGGUGAGGGUUGGGGUGAUUUGGAAUUGCGGGGAUUUCCCCCUCAUCUGCGCUCUCUCACCUCACUCCAAGACCUUCCUUGUUCCGCCCGUCUCGUCCCCUCACCCUGUGUUUUUCCUACCCUACCUUCUCUAUCCUCCUCUCUUGAUUUCAUCACUCUCCGCCCCCUUUCCCCACCCCCCUCUCUCUACCCCCACCAGGCCUUCCCCAUAGUGGGGGCGCGCUACAGCUGCCUUGACUGCCCAGAGCGAGCGGGCUUUGGCCUCUGUGCUGCCUGCUACAGCUGCCCGCCCGUGUUGCCCCGCCCCGGUUGCGCUCCACCUUCUGCUUGUAACCCCACUUCGCUUCAUCCCUCUCUCACCUCACUCCAAGCCCCAUCUUGUUUUCCCUCCCCCCCUCCCUCAUCAGCCUUUCCUCCUUCCUUCUCAUUCCCCCUCUCUUGGUUUCCCCUCUCUUCCCCCCGUUCUCUCCCCCUUAUCUCCUCCCUUGCCACAGGCCUUCCCCAUAGUGGCGGCGUGCUACAGCUAUCUUGCCUGCCUGGAGUGGGUGGGCUUUGA